UUGUCAUUGAGCUUCUCUGUGUGUUUUAUAGAGCUAACUGCAGCUGCCAGAUAUGCAUUAGCCAGUAACACACGCACACACUGGACACACAGUUGACAAUUAGCUGCUACAGGAGCCAUAGCAAAGUUGUCUGAAGGUCAUUGUAAUGUCAGCAGUGCACUUACCGGCCUAAAAUUAGACCUAACAUACUUUGGCGUGCCUGGUUUCAUUUACACCUACUGUUCUGACUUCUUACAAAAGACUCCAAAGCUCUGCUGGAAAAGUGCAUCAUCACAGCUUUUAGUGAAUUUCAAAAGUUUGUGCUCAUCAUUUAUUAUUUACUACACUGGAAAGCUUUCUCUGAAUAACUUUGAAGACUAAUGAAAGAAACCAAAAAUCCACCACCUUGUGGAAGUUAGCAGCCCGUCUGCCAUUAGUCUGCACUGGCUUGUGAAAACGGCAUCAGUGUGCUUUAUGUGAGCAUGAGUACCAUGGAAAGACUAAAUGCAGUCCAUUUGGCUCAGACGGUUGAAGGGGGGCUUUAAGAAGCUCCGGCCUGAGUACUGAGCCUGGAAAUAAAGCAGACUGAACGUGCUGUGAGAAAUGCAGCUGUCCAUGGCGCCAAAUGCAAGCUGGCAACUGCUUAUAACUUAAAUUAGUUUUGGCUCCAGCAGCUGAUUCCUAGACUGGAGAGUCCUGAAGGAGAGAACCGGAAAAGGAGCCAAAGGAGCUAAAUGAUCCAAGGUCAGAAUGAGACUACUAUUAUUAUUUUUUUUUCCUAAUGCAGGAAAUGCAAAUAUAAGUGAGCAGCAUCACACGAGAGCUAUUGAAAAGAACUGGGAGCUUUGUCACGAACUAAAGAUUCAUUUUGUUUACUUUUUAAAUGUGUUGGAGCAUUGCUGUGAAAAUAAUGGGGUCAGUUACAGCAGCAAGCAUUACCGCAUCUUCUCUUUCUGCCUACAGGGGGAGGGGUUUUGAGGGAAAAGGGGACAUGAGGGGGGGGGGGUUGUAUUUUUGUAAACCAUGUGUUCUCUCGCGUGCCUGACAGUGAUAGAAUAGAAAGGUCCUGGAGUGGGACGGGUGUCCUUUUUGCAGACAAAAGCAAGCGAGGCAGACUCCACAAAGAGGGAGGACGAACGCGGGUCGAACAACAUGAAUCUAAAGACAGGAAACUCCUCAAAUGGCUUCACACCAGAGAUCAGUUUGGAUAAACUACACCGGAUGGCUGCAGAGCUGAUACUGCCCGGACGAUCCAUCUUGAGGCUCCUGAACACUGUUCUGGAGUUUGUUACAAACUUUCUGGCCCGAGUUUUAGGAAGCAGCCUGAUCAGAAGACACUUCCACCUGCUGCUGUCUGGGUUGGUCCUCUUUGGGCCUGUGCUCAGCUUCUGGGUAUCAAAGUACAGCAUCUUUGCAAACAGCAACCACUACCUGUACAGGAAGUUCCUGAGGUCCACUUGGGGUUGGACCUGCAUCUUUACGGGCUCUUUCAUCACCCUUCUCUCCCUCUCAGCCCGUCACUCCCCCUCUCUUUCCCUCCGCCACCUCUCUCGAGUAGGCCUCGCGGGUUUGCUCUGGUGGGGUUGUCGGCACCUCCUGACCCUGUUGGAGGAUGCAGCGGGGACCUGUUACGAGCCCAUGACCCCAGGCCAGGACGGCCAGAGCCUGGCCUCCCCAGUACAGCCUCUGCUGCUCCUCCAUGAAGACCAGAACAAGGCCUCCUGCCUGAAAGCCCACAUGCUGUGGCGAGGGUACGAAGUCUCCCAGGACGUCCUCAUCCUCUGCUUCUGCUGUCUGCUGCUUGUCGAGGAAAUGUGCGUCUUUGGUCAUCACUUGGAGCGACAGAAGCCUCUGCAGAGGUCACCCGGGACCCCGCUGAGAAUCAUUUUCCUCCUGUGUGUUCUUCUCCUCCUUGUUUGGAUGUUUCUGCUACUGUGUUUGCUUGCAUACUUCCCAAAGUUUCCCUCCCAGCAGCUAGGUGGAGCUCUGGGCUACCUGGGGUGGAGAGGACUCUAUCAGGGAUUGUACAGACUCGGAUCGAGAUGGGGUUGUCCUGGUUUGCCCAGAGAGGGACUUUCUACCACGGUGCACACCAACAAACAGCCUUAGUAGUAUGACACGCUUAAUGAAAAUGGUGAGAUUUUGGCACUGAAAUGUCCUUCAAAGCUCAGGAACGAACUGCCAAACCCUCUUUCAAGACUGCAUGCUGUAAAUGUGACAUCACGUUAAUAGUUUGCUUUCUUUAGAGGUCAAAAUUAGUCCAUAAACAAGCUUAGAAAUCUCAUUCAGACAAAGUAAGUGAGAAAAACUGCUGCUUUAUUGUGUAAUAUGAACCAAAAUGCAGGCACAGUUAGAAAAAGAUUUCUGAGAGCAGGUGUAUCAUUACUUGAUGAAGAGUGUCAUUCUACACUGGUUGUUGCUUAUUAAAAAAAAAGAGCCUGGAGUCAGUCUCAGUAGAUGAGCGCUUUCCCAUCUCCUCUGGGUCUCUUAAUCUUGUCAAA